GGGAUCCAAACCUAACUCACUGUCACAUUUGUUAUCGUCCAAUCUUUAUUGCUGGGGAUAGAUAGAAUGAUAGAUAGAUCCUUCUAAUGGCUUAUCUUGGUGCCGUUUUGUUUGACUAUAGUUAAUUCAAUGUGUAAACUUGUAAGCUUUUUAGCCUUCAAGUUAGUUAGGGAACCUUCAGAGUAAGUACAAAGGAGGAAUGGGUUAUUGAAAGAGUUUGCAGUUGCAAUGUGUAGUAGUAGAUCGUGUGUUUCUUCUCUUGACAAGUUUGCUUCGCAAUGUGAUUUUUUUUUUUUGUGGAGUGUGGGACCAAUUCAAUAAAUGCCACUUAGUUUUUGUGUGAUGGAGAGCACAAGAGGAAAAGGAAUACCCUUCCUCUUAACCCUUUUUGCUGGUCUGGGUGAAACAUAGAAAAGUCUUUCUUCCUCAAAGUUAAAUCAUUAAAGUGGGAGCAAUAAACGCUCAUGACCCCUGUGUUUGCUUCUUGAUAUUCUCAAGAAUUUUUUUUACUACUUCUUUCUUGUGGUAUUGGUUAGUUGAGGGAUUUGUGUGCUCUGGCUUUGGUGCCGUAGGUCUAUGAAAUCAACCCAUUUCUUGAAUGGACUGCAACAUGGUAUCUCCGUUUCAGUGGGACUGGGAGAAUUUGAUCAUGUCAAAUCCGUCAAGGACUGAAAACGAUAGCAAGCAGCUAUCUACUGACUGGGAAACUGAAAAAGGUGAUGGAAUUGAGUCUAUAGUUCCAGAUUUCUUAGGCUUCGAGAGAGUCAGUAGUGGCUCUGCCACCAGUUUCUGGCACACUGCUGUAUCGAAAAGCUCACAGUCAACCUCUACCAACUCAUCAUCUCCCAAUGUCAAACGGUGCAAGCCUCCUGCAUCAGAAAGUUCCCCUGGAGAUUCUUGCAACAAUAUAGAUUUUGUCCAGGCGAAGGCAUCCACUGCUCUCGAGGCAUCUGUUGCCUCCGCUGAAUCAGACCUUUGUUUAAAACUAGGAAAGCGGACAUACUCUGAAGGAUUUUGGGGUAGAAACAAUAAUGACAUUCCAGCGGUUUCUGUGAAGUUUUUGACUCCAUCUGUUGUUGCUCGGAAGAAAUCAAAAUCUUGUGGUCAAAGCAUGCAAGUCCCGCGUUGCCAAAUUGAUGGCUGUGACCUGGAUCUCUCAUCUGCUAAGGAUUAUCAUCGUAAGCAUAGAGUCUGUGAGAAACAUUCAAAGUGCCCAAAAGUUACCGUGAGUGGCCUAGAGCGUCGUUUCUGCCAACAAUGUAGCAGGUUCCAUGCCGUCUCUGAAUUUGAUGAGAAGAAACGAAGCUGCCGAAAACGUCUUUCUCAUCACAAUGCGAGGCGUCGCAAGCCACAAGGAGUAUUUUCAAUGAAUCCAGAGAGGGUGUAUGAUCGAAGACAGCAAACAAAUAUGUUGUGGAAGGGAUUGUCCCUUAACACAAGAUCUGAAGAUUUGUACGAAUGGGGUAGCACUUAUGAUACAAAGCCUACACAGACGGAAAGCGGCUUUACUUUGAGCUUCCAGAGAGGUAAUGGCUCUUCUGAGGAGCAGUUGGUUGCUAGUAGCAGUCGCUCUUUCUCUACAUUUCAAACCUCAGGCGGGUUCUCAGUUGGGAAGUCCAAGUUCCAACUUCAUGGCGAAGGUGUGGGAGAAUACUCAGGGGUCCUCCAUGAAACUCAAGAUUUCCACCGUGCUCUCUCUCUUCUGUCAACCUCUUCGGAUCCCCUGGCUCAACCACAUGCGCAUCCAUUUCCUCAACCCUUUUCAUAUGAUGUUGUACCAAAUAGAUGAGUAAGUAAUGUGAAAUUUGUAAACCUGUUAUUCUGUUGGUGUAUACUUUUCCAAAACUAUGAAAACAACUUCAUCCUGGAUCCUGGUAGAAUGCCAAACUUAGGCGUCUAUAUAUAAUCGUUAAUUUUUGUA